AUGGAGCGCCACCGCUGGCUGCCGCUGGAGGCCAACCCCGAGGUCACCAACCAGUUUCUCAAACAAUUAGGUCUACAUCCUAAAUGGCAGUUUGUUGAUGUAUAUGGAAUGGAUCCUGAACUCCUUAGCAUGGUACCAAGACCAGUAUGUGCAGUAUUACUUCUCUUCCCUAUUACAGAAAAGUAUGAAGUAUUCAGGACAGAAGAGGAGGAAAAAAUUAAAUCUCAGGGACAAGAUGUUAAAUCAUCAGUAUAUUUCAUGAAGCAAACAAUCAGCAAUGCCUGUGGAACAAUUGGACUGAUCCAUGCUAUUGCCAACAAUAAAGACAAGAUGCAUUUUGAAUCUGGAUCAACCUUGAAAAAAUUCCUAGAAGAGUCUGUGUCAAUGAGCCCUGAAGAACGAGCCAGAUAUCUGGAGAACUAUGAUGCUAUUCGAGUUACUCAUGAGACCAGUGCCCAUGAAGGUCAGACUGAGGCACCAAAUAUAGAUGAAAAAGUAGAUCUUCAUUUUAUUGCAUUAGUUCACGUAGACGGGCAUCUCUAUGAAUUAGAUGGACGAAAACCAUUUCCAAUUAACCAUGGGGAAACUAGUGAUGAAACGUUAUUAGAGGAUGCCAUAGAAGUUUGCAAGAAGUUUAUGGAACGUGACCCUGAUGAAUUGAGAUUCAAUGCAAUUGCUCUUUCUGCAGCAUAG